GUAAUGCAAAAAAUGGCAAAAUUAUCCUUUAUCAAUAUAUAUAUUGUACAAUACCUAAAAUGUUUUGCAUCAACGGUGAUUUUGUACGUUUUUCGACGCUAUACAUGUAAUAAAACGCCGCGUGCGGUUACCAUGGAAACACUAAACAAAGUUCCCGGAAGAGCAGCGCGGCGACGCUUUACAAACUAAGCGUAAAGAAAGUUUAAAGAAAACUCACCUUUAGCUUACAGUCCAAAAUUAACGAAUGAUUGAGAUGGAGGGUCUCGCGUCCGUGAAUGACCUCCAGGCCCUGUCUGUUCUGCUCUCUCCAAACAACGAGGAUGAGGAAGAAGAUCUCCAGCAAGUAAAGCCCGUGGCUAGGAUGGGCCCUGGACAUAUCGGCUCUCCUGCUGCACCUUCAGGAAAAAACAACAAAGAGGGUAGCACUGCCUAUGUGAAAAAGAACAGCAAAAACAUCUGGGACGAGGAUGAAGUAACCGAGGGAGCGCAUUUUGAUGACCUCACUGACCCACGGCCACAGCCAGAGUACGAGAUUGUGCUGAAACAGUCUGUUGGGACUGAAGAUUUGUUUCUUGGCUUGAGCAGAAAGGACCCCUCAUCCAUGUGUUGUGACAGCAUGCUGGUAAGAGUUAAACUGCCAGAUACAAAAGUGUCUGAUUUGGUGCUGGAUGUAAGAGAGACAUUUCUUGAUCUCAGAACUCCAAAGUAUAAGCUGGGCCUUCACUUGCCUCACCCAGUACACAAACAGGAGGGGAAUGCCAGAUUUAUUGUGGAGAGAGAAGAACUGGAGAUCACACUGCCCAUGAACAGACCGUUGGAUUGCAUCAACCUGACCUGAGAGAAACACAGAAAGAGUGACCGAACAGACAGUGUUGACAACUUCUACAGAUACUUUCACUGACAGUUUCAAAUCCAGCCUAUGAAACAUGACUCAUGAAUUACCUCUCUUAUCAGUUAACAAUAGAACCAGGAAACAGGAACCUAAAAUUACCAAAUCAAGUCAAUCCAACCGGAAGAGAGCAGGUGCCUGUGAAACAAAAAGUGGUUAUUCUGUAUUAUGUUUUAAUUCUCUUGUAAGUUUAAGCAUAAUAAAAUGGUGAAUCAUUUUAA